AUGGAAGACAUCACCAACCGGCAGAAGAAAGCGAAGCUAGAUUCCAAGCCGUUCUAUCCUCCCACACAGGAGAGACUGCCCUCCCCAUCAUCGCCAUCAACCUCUCUGUCUCCUCAAAGACCUCAUCAGCGUCAGAAGUCUGUGCUGUUCGAACUCUCCCGCAACGAGCAUUUUGAGUGUCCUCUUUUGACUCCAAGAGACGAGGACUAUGACCUUGACUCAGACCAUAUCGAGGAAAAGUCCCAAGAAAUCAGCUUGGGCGCCCUUGACUCUAAUAUUGAUUACGUUGCCUUGGGUUCGACUGCUUCACUCUUAGACUUGACCAAAGAGCAUAUCGAGACAGAGAUCACAGAGCUAGCCUCUCUAAGGACACAGGCUCAGAAGGCUUCCAAGCUGGACUUGGUGGACUUCUAUAUCCGGCUCAUUUACGAUAAGCAACCCUUGCCCGCACAGCAUACGAUUGUGAGGGCACCCACUAUCGAUUGGGCUAAGUAUGAGGAGGGGCUUGCAAAUGUCUCUCUUCAUCAUGACUGUACGAACGAUGAAGAAAACCCUGUAUUUCAGACAAUGAACAUGUUUGGUUCAGCGUCGAAAAAUUAA